CAUACAUACACACAUGCUCCAUCUCUCUCUCUCUGUGUCUCUGUCUGAACUUGCUUAUUAUUCUUGCUUCGGUGUUCUUCCUCAUUCAUCUGGUUCUUGAAUCAUUUUCUCCCUCUCCUAUGUGUUAUCGCAGUUUCUUUUCAUGUGGUUCUUGAAUCAUUUUCUCCCUCUCCUUUGUGUUUUCUCUCUACCUCUCCCUUCUAUUUUCGCGCUUUUCCAGGGAGUAUUUGAUCUUUGUUUAGGAGAUUUGUGAAGAAGAGCUCUAGUCUAGGGCACGCCGAGUUUGACCCCCGCUCUUAUUCUCCAUGCUUAUUCUUCUCCCCACCCUCCGGUCUAGGUCUAGAUACCCUUGAUGUGUAUUUUUAUAUUGAGAUCUGUUCUCCAUGGUCCCUCACGCCUGAUUUCAUCUGCAGUUCAAACUGCUGCUGUCUUUCUUGUCCCCUUCAUAUUUUCUUGCUCGCGCGAUACGAUGAGAGUAUUUCCACAUCAUUUCCUCCCCCUCCCGCAAAAAUCUUUACCAUUUUCAGCUUGUUUUGGUCAGUGCCGCGGCGCCCAUGAUCACGCCAGUAUUCUCGGCAAGUACCUGGACGAGAACAAGCAGCUGAUCCUGGCCAUCCUCGACAACCAGAACAACGGCAAGGUGGAGGAGUGUGCACGGAACCAAGCUAAGCUCCAGCAGAACCUCAUGUACCUCGCCGCCAUCGCCGACAGCCAGCCUCCGCAGACGGCGUCGCUGUCUCAGUACCCGUCGAACCUGAUGAUGCAGUCCGGGCCGCGGUACAUGCCGCAGCAGUCGGCGCAGAUGAUGUCGCCGCAGUCGGCGCAGAUGAUGGCGGCGCGGUCGUCGAUGAUGUACGCGCAGCAGGCCAUGUCGCCGCUCCAGCAGCAGCAGCAGCAGCAGCAGCAGCACCAGGCGGCGGCGCACGGCCAGCUGGGGAUGUCCUCCGGCGCGACCACCGGGUUCAACCUCCUCCACGGCGAGGCCAGCAUGGGCGGCGGCGGCACCGGCAACAGCAUGAUGAACCCCAGCGUCUUCUCGGACUACGGCCGCGGCGGCGCCAAGGAGGGGUCGACCUCGCUGUCUGCCGACGCGCGCGGCGCCAACUCCGGCGCGCACAGCGGCGACGGGGAGUACCUCAAGGGCACCGACGAGGAAGGAAGCUAGGCCGUCGUCGCUAAGCACCGGCAUAGCAGCAGCAGCAGCAGGAAGAAGAGGAGUAGCAGGUAGCGUUCGAGGACGGUAGUGGCAUGGUAGUAGCGGAGUAGUAGCAGGUAGCUAAGGUUGUUGCGUUGGCCAAGGUUUUAGGUGAGUGAGUUCCAUGGAACCUGGAGGUGGUAGUGGCGUCUGCAUGCAGGCUCGCUUGUUUUGGAUGUGCAUGGCAGGUUCUCGAUCCAAUCCUAAUUAAGAUGUAGCGUCGGAUGUCGCGGGUGGUGGCGAUGGUUUGUGAACACUCCCUAUGUAGUGCUGAAUGAUCAUGGUGUUUUCUUCUUUC